AUGCCAAGAGCACCCUUCAUCGUCAUUGAAGGACUCGACAGAUCUGGUAAAACAACCCAGACAUCUCUCCUCCGUUCACGACUAGAACAAUCCGGACAUCACGUUGCCCUACUAAAAUUUCCAGACCGUACCACACCCAUCGGGACCCUCAUCGACUCUUAUCUACGCUCUCAAUCAGACUUGGACGACCACGCGAUCCACCUCCUCUUCUCCGCCAACCGCUGGGAACUCGCAUCCCGAAUCGAAUCAAAUCUCAAGUCCAACACAAUCGUUCUCUGUGACCGAUACGCAUUUUCUGGUAUCGCGUUUUCAGCUGCGAAAGGACCACCACCGCUUGGAUAUGAGUGGUGUAGAGCUCCGGAUGUGGGUUUACCUUGCCCGGAUGUGACUUUGUUUUUGGAUAUCACACCAGAGAAGGCGAGAGAACGGGGUGGGUAUGGUGAGGAGAGAUAUGAGAAGGAGGAGAUGCAGCGGAGAGUUCGGGAAGUUUUUCGGAGGUUGGGUGAGGAAACUGGAGGUGGGGGUGGAAGUGGAGGUACUACUACUAGGUGGGAGGUGAUUGAUGCUGGGAGAGAUCAGGAAACUGUUUCGAUGGAGAUUUGGAGGCGUGUCGAAAAUUUGGUGGCGAAUGGUUUAGAGGAGGAUGUUGAUAGAUUGUGGAAAGAUAGGUCCUAG